GGCGGCGGCGGCUGUAACGGUCCCGCUGGUGGUACUGCCCCCCCUACCCCCCCCCAUUCCCGGCUGGCGGCUGCGGGAGCAGCGGGAAGAGGAGGAGGAGAGGGAGAGGGAGAGCUGCUGUACCGGCACAGGGGCCGCCGCCGCCCGAGCAGCCGCAGAGCUCUGGAAUGCUGUGAAGACUCCCUGCCCAGGCACACUCCUCUCCGGAUUAUCUCCAUCCCAAGGAAGCUUGUAUCCAAGAGAGUUCCUGGUCUUCCACCAUGAAUCCUGUUUACAGCCCCGUCCAACCUGGGGCUCCCUACGGAAACCCGAAGAACAUGGCCUAUACAGGUUAUCCAACGGGCUAUCCCGCCGCUGCCCCCGCCUACAAUCCCAACAUGUAUCCAACCAGCAGCCCUGGCUACGCCCCAGCCACACUUCUGAUGAAGCAGGCCUGGCCUCAGACCUCCUCGUCCUGUGCCACCGAGGGCACCUUCCACCUCCCGGUGGACGCCGGCACCGAGAACAGAACCUACCAGGCUUCUUCUGCAGCAUUCAGGUACACUGCGGGGACUCCCUACAAGGUCCCACCGACCCAGAGUAACAACGCCCCUCCUCCCUACUCGCCGUCUCCGAACCCGUACCAAACCGCGAUGUACCCCAUCAGAAGUGCCUACCCACAGCAGAACCUGUACACCCAGGGAGCUUAUUACACCCAGCCCGUGUACGCGGCCCAGCCUCACGUCAUCCACCACACCACGGUGGUGCAGCCCAACAGCAUCCCCUCGGCCAUCUAUCCGGCCCCGGUGGCCGCGCCCCGCACCAACGGCGUGGCCAUGGGCAUGGUUGCUGGCACCACCAUGGCAAUGUCAGCAGGAACCUUGUUGACCACCCCCCAACACACCGCCAUCGGAGCACAUCCAGUGUCCGUGCCAACGUACAGGGCUCAAGGAACCCCCACCUACAGCUACGUACCUCCACACUGGUAAACCACUGGCCAAUCCAUAUCUGGAGUCAAACAUUGUAUGCAACUACACAAGUCUUACAUCGGUGCUGCAGCUGCUGAGCUGCAGCGCCUCGUCUGUUUGCAAGAACAAAA